CAGACGUAUUGGUCAUAUCGUAUUUAACAGAUUAUACAUACAUACAAUUAUAGUUUAAUGACUCCUUGUAAACAUAAAAGUAGCCCAUCAGGUAACCCAAUGAGAAACAACGCGAACUUAAAUUACGCGAUCGGACUCAACCGCUUCAGUCUCGAGUUGAUUGGCGCUUGGCCCGAUGGAAACGAAAAAGCUCAUGGCUUCAAAAAUUUGCGUAUCUUAUUCAUGAUCUCAUGUUUGGUACUUUUUAUCUUCGUACCUCAGAUGUAUGCUCUUUCGCAAGUUUUUCGCCAACUGCCCUUGGCCAUUGACAAUAUCACGACUUCUUCGGCCACCUUUGUGUCAAUCAUCAAACUCUGGCUUCUGUGGAACAGUCGAAAAGGUAGAUCAGCAUUAGAACCGGUUGUGACCAGCAUCAUAGCCGAUUGGACCAGUUCGAAACCUCUUUGGGAGAUGAACAUUAUGAAAAAGCAAGCGAGACGAGCGCGGAUGUUCACCAUUAGCGGAUAUGCCAUAAUGUUCAGUUGUUUUUUUGGAUUCAUUGCUUUGCCCUUGUGUGGACUCAGUACGCGUAUAGUCAAUAAUAUAACAGAUCCCAACAACGGCCGUUACUUUCCUUUACAAACGAAAUAUCCUUUUCCCUCCGAAAUGUCGCCGUACUUCGAGUUGACUUACUUAUCGCAACUCGUCACAGGUGGUUUCGUUGGAAUCGCCUUUUCUGUUCCGGAUAACUGGUUUGGAUGUCUUGUCUUUCACGCUUCCGCACAGUGUGAAAUUUUGAAAAUGGAAAAAAGAAAUAAACUUUUGCAAUUGAAAUUGAUUCAACAUGUCAAGACUCACGUGCAGCUUAUUAAAUUUGUAAAUGCAAUAGAAGAAUCAUUUAAUGAAUUAAUUUUGGUUCAAGUCGUUUUUUUGUCAUUAAUCAUGUGUUGUUUAGGAUUCGGAGUAUUAAGAUUUUUUAAAUACGAAACGGAAGUUCCAAUUUUUCAAGUGGUCACUUUAGCAGGAACACUUUUGAAUCUGUUGAUCCACAUGCUGAUUUAUUGUAUUGCGAGUGAAAUCGUUGCAGCGCAUAGCUCUGAUUUUUCUCAAGCAAUUUACUUUUCUUAUUGGUAUCUUUUACCUGCAGCAUGCGCACGAGAUAUGAUUUUUGUCAUGAAUAGAUCAAAAUUUCCAUUGAGACUCAGCGCUGGAAAAUUUUUUUACUUAUCACUCUACUCUUAUCUUCAAAUUUUAAAAACUGCAUUUGGAUAUACUUCUAUGCUGCUUGCUGUCAAUAAUUAA